AUGCUAUUUCUUUCUAUUCUUCUUCUAGCCUUUGGGCUAGUUUGCUCUACACACCCACUUGAAGAGCGACAAUUAAGGACAACCGAGCCUUUCAAGCUGUAUGCGUAUGGCCCAGGCAUUAGCGGACUGCCUGUCUUCUAUAGGAAUGGUAUCAAAUCCACCUCCCAAACCACCAAAAUCAGCAAUGAGUCUAAAGUAGACACAGCCACAAUGGCCGCAAUGACCCCAAUCAACUUCACUGCCGCUACUGGAAACACCUUUGUUGCACACCCCAGUAACAGCACCAGUUCCACCGAGGACUUCACCACCCUCUCGACCAAUACCAACAUGCUGUGUCUAGACCGAGGCAAUACCGACUCCAACCCAGUUGGAUUCACCGGCGCACCCGCAAGGGAGCAAUCCAACACAACUAGGCUUAGCAACGUGUGGUCCACGUAUGGGAGCUACGUCCUAGUCACCGUGACCGGGGCCAACUUUUACGCAAGACAAACUGGCACGGACGGCUUGUACUCUCUGCUUUGGAGUAGCUCGGCUGAGGCGAUGACGGAUACUAUACCUCUAGUGCUACGGACUACUGAGCCGGCGACGGCCUCUGUAUUGACUUAG